CAUUAACACCGCCCGUCCCACCGACCGAUAGACAGUACUGCCGCUGAACACAACACAUUUUACUUUCGCUUUGGCUCGUGGCGCAGUUUUAUUUCGACAAGAUUACUAUAAGUUUUCCAAACAGAGACCAAGAGAAGGAGAAAAGAUGAAGACAUUUGUUGGCGUCGUCCUUGUCGCGCUGCUCUGCAUCUCCAUGUCAACAGCUAAAGACCAUCCACCCAUUGUGAAGGUGUACAGCCGUGAACCAGGAAUGUUUGGGAAACCCAACACCUUAAUCUGCCAUGUCAGCGGCUUCCACCCACCACAAAUCACCAUCGAGCUGCUGAAAGAUGGAAGGGUGAUUCCUGAAGCUGAGCAGACUGACCUGGCCUUUGAAGAAACCUGGUUCUACCACCUAACCAAGCAUGUGGCCUUCACCCCAAGCAAAGGAGUGGAGUACUCCUGCAGAGUCACUCACAUGGAAAAGCCCCAGAGGUUCACUUGGGAGCCUGAUAUGUAAAUGCCUUGCUCCGCCCUGCUCCUGCUGCAGGUCUGCUGAGACAGAGGAAGAUGAAGAAGAUUGGAACAAUUUGUCGAUAAUCUGGGUUUUAUUGUGAAAAUUUGAGCAUCAGCAAGUGAGAGAGAAAAAAUGUCCCUAAAGUCAGCUGUGUGUUUUCUCUAUCAGAAACACCACAUAUCAUUCAAGCUUAAAGAAGCCACCGUUGAGCUGCACUCCACUCAGCCAGAGUCACUUUUGAGCCAGGAUCAUUUCUCUUUUCAUUUCCCACAGUUUAUACAUCGUUUACACUAAUCAAUCUUUAACGCAAAACUCGCUGAGUGACUCUCCUUUCAUUGGUAAUCAAACAGAGGAAUGAAUAUGCUUUGCCAUUUUUAGGGUGUAGUGCUGGCUGGUAUUUAUUUCUUUUCUAUUUUCCUUUUUCCUGUUGUGUCCCACACGGUUUGUGUACAUUACAGUAGUAAUUACUUUAAAGCUUUAAAUUAUAAAAAUAAAAAAGCUGAUUAAAUGAAAGACAAUAAAACACUUAAAAUACAUUUAGAACUUAUAUGUGUAUACACAGGCAUCUAUGUUAAUAAUUCCAUAAUAAUAAAUGUAAAACGACCAUGUAGUAGCUAUUAUCUACAACUUUGGCGAAUGGAAAACCCAAGAAAAGAUCGGUUGAGUGGAGUGCUUGAGCAAGUGAACUGUGGUAUUAGCGUGCAGCCACAAAAAAUAUAUUUAACGCAUGAAAUAAAGGUGGAGGUCUCCGUGAGACACACAUCUCACACCCUCAGUGGGGAUUGCCACAUUGAAAGUAAUGUAAUCCUAUUUGACCCGUGAGACGCAUGAGGAACAGAAUGUGAAUGAACAAACAACCUCAAUUCCCAAAAAGUUUGGACAUCGUGUAAAGCAUAAAUAAAACGAAAAAUUGUCAGACUGUCCAUGAACAGUUUUCACAAUGUGUGACAAAAAAAUAGCAAAUUAUUGCAUCUGUUUUAUUUAAGUUUCAGACAAUGUCCGAACUUUUAAGUCGCCUUAAAAGAUGUAUUUUUGGCAUCUGCUAUCAGACAUAAGGCCUUACGGCUCAAUGUUUGAUCCUGGACAGGAAGUGCCCAAUCAGCUGUAAGCCCCCCAAAUAGUAAAAAAAAAAAAAAAUCAAUCAUUUAAUUCAAAAUUUCAAAAUUUUGAUUUCAUUGGAUGACUAAUGAUACACUGAUGAUUAGAGAUGUAAAUAUUUGCAUUUCUGUGUUUGAUGGCUAAAACCCCAUUUUAACUCUUCAGGUAAUUUGUUAAUGUAAAUUAUAUUGUUCUAUUAUUUUGUGCACUUUGCUUGUUAUGCAGAAUGAAUCAAGCUUUUUAUAUUGUUAACAUACAUCAUGUGUAAAUCUCAAUUUGAAGUAUUGACAUCAGAGAUCUGUCAUUUUAUUUUAUAAAAUAUGGUUGGGUAAUAAAAGUGUUGACGUGU